AUGGUCCACGAAACGCAUCGCGAUGAAUAUGGCUCAGGUUUAACGCAAUUAUACUCAUCUCGGGUAAAAUUAGCUAGUAUCUUGUUGCAUCCUUUUAGACGCUUACCAAGAUAUAACGGCACUCAUGGGUGCGGGGCGUCUAUCAUAAGCGACAGGUGGGCCGUAACGGCCGCUCAUUGUGUAAACGAUGCUAGUUACAUAACCACUUUGCAUUGCGGCACAAUAUAUCGCUCAAAACAGGGCACCGAUUACACGGUGCUAAAGCUCGUACCCCACGAGUUAUACAAUAAAGAUACCAGCAAUGAUAUAGGGUUGAUUCAAAUACAGGGCCAAUUUAAUCUUGAUAAAAAGACUCAGGACAUAAUUCGACUACCUAGUCCAGGUUCUGAUUUGGAACCUAAUAGGAUUGUCACGACCACAGGCUGGGGAUACACUCAGUUGGUUAACAUGACUGCACUGCCCGAGACGUUACAGACGGUAGACCUACCUGUUGUCAAACGCGUUGACUGUGGCCAUGAUGCUAAACUCGGUGACAAUCCACACAUAUGUUUGCUCAGAUUUAACGGCACCCAUCAGUGCGGGGCCGCUAUUAUAAGCGACAGACCUAAUAAAACAAUGACAUUACGGUGCGGCACAAUACUGGCCUCAAAACCGGGCAACGAUUACCCAGUGAUAACACGCAUAGCCCACGAGCUAUACGGUACAAAUGCCAGCAAAGAUAUAGGCCUGCUUCAAAUUGAUGCCCAAUUUAAACUUGAUAAAAUAACCCAGGACAUAAUUAGGCUACCUGACCAGGGCUCUGACCUGACACAGGGCCAGAUUGUCACGUCUAUAGGCUGGGGAGUAACUCAAUUAGUUAACAUGACACAACUUCCCGAGACCUUACAGACCAUUGACCUACCGGUUGUUAAACGCGAUGAUUGUAUUAAUGAUUAUAAAGCAUAUCCACAAAUUCAUGUCGAUGAAGACAGUGUAUGCGCCGGUGGCCAGGGUCACGACCCUUGUUUCCACGAUUCUGGUUCACCAUUAAAGUUCAAUAACACCCUGGUUGGUGUUGUGUCGAGAACUAAACCACCAUGUGCUCAGAUUGGCUUUCCAACACUAUUCACCAGGGUUGGUGGCCAUGAUGCUAAACCCGGUGAUAAUCCGCACAUGUGUUCACUGUAUUACGAGGGCCGACACCAGUGCGGGGCGUCUAUCAUAAGUGACAGGUGGGCCGUAACGGCCGCUCAUUGUGUACACCACGACGCAACCGACACAAUGCAAUUACGAUGUGGGUCAAUAUUGCGCUCAAAGCCCCUACAUACUUACACGGUGGCCAAAUAUAUUUACCAUGAAAAAUUUUCCAAUGACGUAUACGCCUAUGAUAUAGCGUUGUUGCAAAUAGAAGGCCAAUUUAAGCUAGGUACAAAGGACCAGGACAAAAUCCAGCUGCCUCAGCAGGACUCUGACCCGGAACCUACCGUAAUAGCAACGACUAUAGGCUGGGGCCAAAUAGAAGUGCCGCUUCGCCCGCCGGGUAUACCCGAUAUAUUACAAACGUUGGACAUUCCUAUUGUAAAGCGUGCUGAUUGUAUUGUCGAUUAUGCAAACUUCACCGAGGUAAUAGUUGAUGAUACUAGUGUUUGUACUGGUGGUCAAGGA